AUUCACCCUCUGUUAAUGCUGGUUGUUUGUGUAGAAUUCAUGCCUGGUGGGAGCUUGUAUGAAUACCUGCAUAAAAACCAUGUUGUAUUAAAGCUCUCGCAAUUGCUAAGCUUUGCAAUUGAUGUCUGCAAAGGAAUGGAGUACUUGCAUCAAAAUAAUAUCAUUCACAGGGAUCUGAAGGCAGCAAAUUUACUUAUGGAUUCAAACAAUGUUGUUAAAGUGGCAGAUUUUGGUGUUGCUCGUUUCCAAAAUAAUGGAGGUGUCAUGACAGCUGAGACUGGAACAUAUAGAUGGAUGGCCCCUGAGAUCAUCAACCAUCUGCCCUACGACCAGAAAGCGGAUGUGUUUAGUUUUGCCAUUGUUCUUUGGGAGCUUUUAACAGCAAAGGUUCCAUAUGAUACCAUGACUCCACUACAAGCUGCACUAGGAGUGAGACAGGGCCUCCGACCUGAGCUUCCAGAAAAUGCACACCCGAGGCUGUUAGACUUGAUGCAGAGAUGUUGGGUAGACAUCCCUAGUGAUAGACCCAGUUUCUCUGAGAUAAAAGUUGAGCUUGAACUACUGUUACAUGAAAUUGAGGAUACCAUAGUGGCAUCAAAAGGGAGCUGAGUGAUGCGCACUUGCAUAUAUUGGACUAACGACACUUCUUACCAGUAACAAUAGAAGAUUUUCUUUUUCUUACGCCAUAUACACGGACCUUAACUUUUUUGGUGAGAAAUCUAUGCCACAAGCAUAAGGUAGAGUCCGCUGCUUUUGGCCAUUUUGGAGUUGAGAGUAAAGGUGAUUCAUUUUGUGAUAACACGUUAUGCAUCACUAAGUACCUCUAACAUCCUUUUUGUAAAAUCUUUCUACCUAUUUUUCCCAUUUGAGAAGUUUGGUCGUGUACUAGCAUUUUCUGUUUUACGAGUUUGGUUCAGAUCAAAAUAAUUAA